AUAUACAGGAAAUGAACCGAGCUGCUAGAAGAAGAGCCGUCUCUUUCCGCUAAGUCCGACCGGCUCAAUUGUUCCAGUGCGGUGGUCGUGAUUUUGGACUGAAGCCUGUUGUGUAACGAUAUCAGUUAUUGUUAUCUGAUGUGUAGCAUCAACUGUGUAAGUUAGCUGCUUUAUCACUGUGUAGCUAGCUCCCCCCUGGUUUGGACUGAUACAGCUUAGACUUCGACAUUUUUUACUCCCGUUCAACCGAAAAAUGGCAACCCAGAUCGAUAAAGAAGCUUGCAGAGAGGCUUACAACCAAGUCAGAGACGACAACACCGAGACCAGUUGGGCUGUGUUUAAAUAUGAGGGCUCCAUGAUUGUGCCUGCAGGACUAGGGACUGACUAUGAGGAGUUCAAGAGGAUGUGCACAGAUGACGCGCGUCUGUUCGGCUUCCUCCGGAUCACGACGGGAGACGCCAUGAGCAAACGAGCCAAGUUCACCCUCAUCACCUGGAUCGGUGAGAACAUCAGCGGGCUGCAGCGCGCCAAGAUCAGCACUGACAAGACACUGGUCAAAGAGAUCGUGCAGAACUUUGCGAAGGAGUUCAUGAUCAGUGACCCGAGGGAACUGGAUGAGGACUACAUCCGCACGGAGCUGAAGAAGGCGGGCGGAGCCAACUAUGACGCUCAGGCCGAGUAGAGAAGUGCCACAGCCCACUGGAAGGGUUGGGGUCGGGGCGGGGGUUGGGAGGGUUGGGGUGGGUUUGGAUUUGGUGGGGUGGAAUAACUGGGGGGCGGGGAGCGUCGGGGCAGGGCUGCUACCUCUUGGGGAGAGGACGAGGCAGGAUGGAGAGGGCACUUAAUGAAAGGGAAAUGCACGCACUAAACACACACAUUGUACUUGUACAAAGUGGGGGCCUAGCAAAGAACAACAGUGAAACAGUUUGUUCAUUUGCAAGAUCACAAGUACAAACAAAGCAGAGGUGCACCAGGAGCAGUUUGUAGAACCAGUAUCAGUGUUUAACACACUAACCAAACACUGUUUAUGCUGCCAAAUAAUGGCUUAUUAUAGAACAGUGCAGUCUCUUUUUUUCAGUCGUUUAACAGCUUAUGUUCACAUACACGCUUCCAUCAGUUUGUGUAACUGGAAGAUUAAAAAGAACGUCCACAGUUCAUCCAGAUCAGGGCCCAGUUAUCACUCAGAGGUACCUUACCAUGGCGCCAUCACUGAAUUGUUAAUGGAAUGAUAAGAUAUUAUUGGAGAUACUCCUUUUUGCUUUUUAUCCAGUUACAUGAGAAAAUUAUAACAUCUAGCUACAGCCGCACAGAGCUAACGGCUCUGAGACAGAAUCCAUCGGCAACAUGUUGCAUCUUGUUUGUUUAAUCUGUACAAAAACCAAAGUGUAAAAACGAACACAGAAGCAGUUGCCGGGCGACUAGCAGAGACUGGAGGACGUCACUGCUCGUUGCUUACAAAUAGUCCCACGCAUAACCCACAGUAACAUGACACUACACUUUGGUUUUUGUACUGAUUAAACGAAUGAUCUAAAAUAUAUUAAUGAACAACUUUCAGAGGUGGUGGUCGGUGUAUUAGUUCACCUUUUGUCGGAGCCUGGGCAGCAGUCAUUGUAUUUUCUGUCUUUAAACAAAGCUAACCAGGCAGUGUCCACGCUGACAAACAUGUCAACACCCUGAAACACAUAGAGACGUAGUUAAACACAAGCGUAUAAACACUGGUAAAGGUCACAAUCUGCUGCCUUCUCUCCUCUCCUGCCCUCUGCCCUCUCCCCAGUCAGCUCAUGGUUGGUUAUGUACUGUGCUGUGCAUCGUCAUCUCACACUCAUCCUCAUCUCAGCUGGGCAGCAGUUGAGCUAUGUGAAGUUAACAUCAAGGCUUCAGCACUGUUUGCUAGGAAUUUUCAUGUAAUGAGGAUGUGUAAAGCUGAGGGGCUUCACUUCAAAAAGCCGGACUGUGAUCAUGGAGCACGUUGUAGACUGUUAAUAACCUAACUAGUUGGUGAAUGAUGUCACUGAGGAAGACGGAGCUAUGGUUUUGAAAUGAAACCCUCCAGCUGCAGGCAUGUGUUUGACACCAGAACAUGCUCUUAGUCAUGAUACACUGUACCACCAGGAGGAAGAGAUCUCCAUUUUCUAACAAGAUCCUGGGUGAGGGUUUGGAAGUUUGCACUUUGUGAACUUGAGCUCUUAGUGCACAUUUAACCACCUCUGCAUUUCCAGCCAGACAGCUGUGUUUGCAUUACAGCAUCAAAGUCCACCAUUACACCCAUCAUGUCGGUCCUGAGACCGACUGUAAUUCAGUCGACGUUAGCAGAGCCCAGAGCUGAGCCAGAUGAAUGAGACUGGGCCGUACAGCACGCAGGAUGCCACAGAAAUACACAGACAACCACUAAUAUACUGGUCCCUCAGCAGAACCUGUAGUCGAGUGUUGAAUGUUCCCCAGAAUCUCAGGAUUUUUGGAAUGGAGAUCUUUUCCUCUGGUGUCUCAUCUCUUGAUCUACCACUUAAAGGUAUCCAUGCAUACUGUAACCUACUGUGUUUGACUGCCUUAGUCUCCCAUGGAGAGAGGGGCAUCAUGGGAGUCUGUGGACACUACACUGUGAUUGGCUAUCCUUCCUUAUGUGUGUUGCCAGGACUUUGAUGGGCACAGGGAUCACCACACCGUGAGCCUGGGCUUGUCAUCCCAACCCAGGAGGAGCCAUUUCUCGGUUGUAGCAUCUCUUUUUAUUUGGUUUAAACCACCCCCCCACCCCACCCCACCCCCCUCCCCUGCAAAAAAUAGGAUUUUUUUUUUCAUGUACUUCAUUUUUGUUUUUGAGAUGAAUUUUAUUUUCUCCUAAGAAUUUUACCUUAUUGAUUUUAUUUUUAAGAGCAUUGUUAUCUUGGACAUUGGUUGGAAGAGGUUUUCAAAAAAAUAAUGCAAAAAAAGCAAAAGAAAGAAAACAGAAUGGGCACAAUAUCAGUCAUUUCAAAAUAAAAAUUGAUGUUUUUUCCAAA